AUGGCACCAACAGUGACAACCACAAAGACGACGUCCAUCCUCAAACUACCACUUGACACUCGUAACGACCCAUCUCUCCUCCAUUUCAACCAACUUGUCUACAUCCCCGAGACCGGUAUCUGGGCACCCGGCAAAAAGAGCACCCCCAUCUUCGAUUUCUCAUCUCACUUUGACCGUUCAUCCGUCAGCUGGUUCACCGAUGACUAUGUCGGAUUCAAUGAAGAUGUCAUGGCACAAGCAAAGGAAAUAGCACUCGCUGCAAUCUCUAAUGACCAGAAUGCAGCGGAGGAUAUUCCGAAUCCUUCUGUCAUAUUCAAACUGUCAAGGACUCAUUGGUAUAACGACUCCAAGUUGACAGCAACUAAACCGGUAUACGAUCGGAGAUUAUUAGAUGCUCUGGACAGCGAAAGUGACGUCGACUCCAUUCGUAAACAAAAGCUACAGAACCUGGAGGAUGCACAAGAACACCAAAAAGAAAAUCGAAACGAGAUCGUAUUGGCGGAAUCAUCAUCACCGCUACUGGCAUUUGGCGUAACGAAUAUCACUUUCCCUUCCAAUUCGCUUCACUCCUCGCAUCCGAUCACCGUUCGACCGACGAAUGCCACACGACGUAGCCAGAGCUUUGUGCAUGACUCCGUUUCGUAUGCAUGGGAUGUGAACAAGACCUUGUUCCCCGGCGGAGGUGCCGUUCUCAGUCUAUACAAGGGCGUUGGUUCGACCAAGAAGAUAGAGAUUGGAAGGUAUCAAAGUGACAAUGGCAAGGUCAUACCUGGUGGGGUUAUGGUGAUUGAUUCUGAUGAGGUUGAUGUCUUGAUUGCUGUUUUGACUUUGCUGGCUGUGCUGGCGCAGAGAGAUAGCACGUUGCUUGACUUUGUUAUCUUGUGUAAUGGAUGCUCGGGCACAAUGUGGAUUUCGUUGGAGAUUGGGAAAUGGAAUUCUGAAAAGCGUUAG